UGCAGGCUGAAACGUAAAUUCCAGGUCAUAUGGUAUAGACAAGCCAACUACGCCGCAGUACUAUAGUCCGCUCAAUCUUCCCAGUGCUCCGCAUCACGCCCCGAACUCAACACUCAUCCAUCAAAGCCAUGGUCGUAUUCACCUUCGUAUCCGAAUCAUCGCACGCGGGCCAUAUCGAGCUUGUCCCCGAGGACAGCCGCUACAGCACUUACGCCAUGGACCGCAGGACCGGCUGGACCCACGAAAGGGACGACAUCAGCAUCAGCAAGAUUGUGGACGGCACGAGCCGCCCGCUGGGAAUAGCAAGUGUCAAAUCGCGAACCGUCACUUGCAACGAGCACACGAUAGUGAUGCGCAGAAGCCACGCAUGGUCCCUCUCGGACGUAUUCAUGGCCUCCAAUGGGUUGCAACUCAAGUGGAAAGUCAGAUACACUCUGGGCGCCGAGCUCAGAGUGGUUAAUGAUGAUGCCCAUUCUGAUCCGAGUCGAACCGUCGCCGUGUACAAGUCACAGCUGGUCUGGCGACCUAAGGCACCUCCAACGCUGGUGGUGCAUGAAGAAGGAUUGCCGGUGCUGGACGAAGUAAUCGCGACGGCCGUAUACAUAGCACGGAGGCUAGUCAUGUUGAAUGAGGGGAACGAGGAGUACUGACAAAGACCAUCUCCGUCUGAAGCUGACAGAAUGACGACCGUGGCCUUACAGCGACGAAUCUCAUUCAAGCUCGAUCCCCGACAACGGGCGCUAUGAGAGCCAACUCUUCCAUGACUUGAAAUUCGACUGAAUGAUAUCUGGCUUGUAGAAAGCCAGGUAGGAUCGUUACGUUUACGGCGUCUGAGAUCGGAGGUGCAAGUCAGGUCCUCGCCCAUUGUUAUCCGAGAUGGUCGCUUUAGCAAGAGCCUCGCCACCUUUCUAUUAGUGGAGACACACUAGUUCAACCUGAGUCAAAAACGUGAUGUUGUAAG